UAGUAGCGCCAUCACAACAAUAUGGCAUCUUUUUGCAUGUCUUUUUGUUGUUAUUAAUUAAUUAAAAUUCUGCAAAUAAGUUUAUUAUUUAAAAAAAAAUUACCUAUAAACUUCAAGGGGUUGAUUAUUGAUUAUUUUCAAGGUGUCUUUGAGAAUCAUAACAAGUACCACAUGCUCAUCACACUGCACAUACACACUCCCAACACAUUCAUGUACUUUAAUCAGCUGUCAAAUGUCAAUUGGAUUUGAAUGUUGACAAACAAUCAUCAUCAGGUUAAUUAACUUUAUUAAUAAUGGUUAUCUAUGGUGUAUAUAUUGUAUCAAAAUCAGGUGGUCUAAUAUUUAAUCAUGAUCAUAAUGUUCCAAAAGUUGAUAAUGAAAAAACAUUUGGUUAUCCAUUAAAUAUAAAACUUGUUUAUGAAAAUAAAAAAAUUGUUGUAUCAUUUGGACAACGUGAUGGAAUUAAUGUUGGACAUAUUUUAACAGCUGUUAAUGGUAAUUUAGUUAUUGGAAAAGAACUUGAAGAUGGUAAAGAUGUAUUUGAAAUGCUUGAUGAUGAAAAAAAUUAUCCAAUAAAUCUUAAAUUUAGUCGUUCUAAAAUGACAACAAAUGAAAAAAUAUUUCUUGCAUCAAUGUUUUAUCCAUUAUUUGCAAUUGCAAGUCAAUUAAGUCCAGAGCCACGUUGUUCGGGUAUUGAAAUAUUAGAAGCAGAUACAUUUCGUCUUUAUUGUUAUCAAACAUUAACUGGUGUUAAAUUUAUGGUUGUUGCUGAACCAACACAACCUGGUAUGGAUAUAUUAACAAAACGUAUUUAUGAAUUAUAUGCUGAUUUUGCAUUAAAAAAUCCAUUUUAUUCACUUGAAAUGCCAAUUAGAUGUGAAUUAUUUGAAACAAAUUUAAUUUGUCUUCUUGAAUCUGUUGAAAAAUCAGGUAUAAGCAGUGUCUGACAAAAAUAGUUUUAUUAAUUUCACAAGUAAAUUAGAUUUGUUUUAUAUAUAAAUUUUUUUAAAAAUACGUAAAUAAAAAAGAAAGUAAAAUUAUUUAUUUUGAAAAAAUUUAUUUACAAUUUUAAAAAAAAAAAAUGAUUUUUUUGUUUUUAACAUAAAAUAAGUAAGUAAUAAAUGUAAAGUGAAAAAAAAAAAAUAAAAUAAUAUUUAGAAAUUUAAAAAAAUAAAGAAAAGAAAAGAAAAAAAAAAAAAA